CGUUUAGCGCCACCGAGUCUCGCCACUGUUCAAACAUCCCGCAGCGCCAGAAUUGGUUGUCCAUCGCCGACCAAUGUCGCUCUUCAAGGGCACCUUUCAGUCCGGCCACCUGAGCCUGCUUAGUUCUAUCGGCAGCAAGCCCCUUUCCAUCUGGUCCAGCGAGGUGGAGAAUGGACACAUCAAGCGGCUGACGGACGAGGACAUCCAGAGCUCCGUGCUGGAGGUUGCCGGCGCCAACGUCGCCACCGCCUACAUCACCUGCCCCGCAGACCCCGCCAAGACGCUGGGCAUCAAGCUGCCCUUCCUGGUCAUGAUCGUCAAGAACCUCAGCAAGUACUUCACCUUUGAGGUCCAGGUUCUGGAUGACAAGAACGUGCGCCGGCGCUUCCGCGCCUCCAACUACCAGUCCACCACCCGCGUUAAGCCCUUCAUCUGCACCAUGCCCAUGCGCCUGGACGAGGGGUGGAACCAGGUGCAGUUCAACCUGGCCGACUUUGUGAAGCGCGCCUACGGCACCAACUACGUGGAGACGCUGCGGGUGCAGAUCCACGCCAACUGCCGCAUCCGCCGCAUCUACUUCUCCGACCGCCUCUACACCGAGGCCGAGCUGCCGCCUGAGUUCAAGCUCUACCUGCCCAUCCAGAAAGCGCAGCAGCAGCAGCAGCAGCAGCAGGAGGAUAUGCUGGAGCACUGA